AUGCGUGUACGUUCCUACCGGCACGGACAAAAUCCGUAAAUUCCGUAAAAACCGUAGUGAGUAGUUUCCUAGUCGCUUCGGCUUCAUUGCGCGAAAUUUCUUGACGUUUUCCUGCAAACAAGAAAAUAGUCAAAACAACAUCCAACGUGGACCAAUAACAUGGACACAAGUCCCAUCUGUCAUUCAGUUGCUGUUUGUAACCUAUAAAUACCCAAAGUGAAAACAAUGUUUUAUUCAAUCAGUGGGCACAAGUAAGCGAUAAUGUUUCAAAAAUUGAGUGUUUUCCUAGUCCUCGUAUCUGUCUUUUUAAUCCGGUGCGAUGAAGACGAAGACAAUAACGAUAUUUUUGUUCCUACCAAAGAGUGGCAAGGUGUUAAGAAAGGUCAAAAAAUUCCAAAAGGACUCCACGUCCGGAUAAACCUAGAGACCGGCCAAACCGAGGCGAAAUUACUAGACGACGAUGACAAACUCGAGGACAAAACCAAGGCGCUCUCGGCCAUACCCGAAGACACACGCCAGGAAGAAACCCCCUCCCAAAGCCCCAUCCCAAAGUCCACCCUCGAAGAGGCCGUGAAAAACCUAAAAAACGAUUUCUCCCCAGAAGAGUUUAAAAAAAUCAAAAACCAGUAUCGCACGUACGACGACAUUAAAAAAAGCCUCAACGAGCUCAACCUCACGCCGAAACUAGACGCCGAAGUGAUCGCGGACUUGAUAAAAAACCACAAAGAGGUCGCGAGCGCGGAAAAGUUCGACAAAGUGGAGCUGUUGAAAAUUCUAGAGGACCUAGAGUUUUUGGCUCAUCAGUACGAUAACGCGCACGAGUUUGUCAAACAGAGCGGAUUCGGGGACAUCAUUUACAAGAAUUUGAACUCGAGUAGGGUUGACGUGAGGAAAGGGACGUUGAAGUUGAUGGCGGCGUUGAUGCAGAACAACGUUCCGCCGAAAAUACACGCGCUUGAAACGGGCGCCAUUGCGAUUUUGUUGCGCUUGAUUAAUUUGGAGUCGGAUUCGGGGGUUAAAUUGAGAGCGGUGACGGCUUUGGGGGCGUUGUUGAGGUCGUUCCCGGCGGCGCAGAAGAAGUUCAUCGAGAGUGGAGGGUUGUCGGUGCUGUCGAAAUUUUUCGACACUGAUAAUAUAAGAGUUCAGAUUAAAGUGGUGACGAUGGUUUCUGAUUUGUUAGUGGAGCAUCAGUGGGCGGGGAAUGAUGACAAAAUGAGCAAGUACUAUGUGAGUUUUGAUUUGACUAAGCGGAUUUUGGAGCACGAGUGGUGUAAGAAGUUGAAUAAGUUGUUGUUGGGGUUGUUGAUUACGGAUAAGGAUGAUCACGAUUCGAUUGAAAAGUGUUUAACGGCUAUGCAUUCGUUAAGAGUUCAGUGUAAAGACGAAUACGAAAGAGAGUUAAUAAUAAGUCUGAGGAAUCGCUACGAGGUACUAGGGGCCGCCGAUGCUGAUUCUAGUUCUAGUUUUUUCAAUGUUCUCAAAGACCUGUGUGAUCAAAUCUUGCACCAUGUACAUACCAGUGUAAAGACUGAGUUGUAAAUAGCGUUGUUGAAGUUAUAUUUAUUUAAAGAAUAAUAAUUUUGUAAAAAAC